UCCUGAGCCGGAUCGGCCAGGCAGCGCGUCCCCACGUCGGCAGCUCCGAGCUCUGCCCGCCAAAGUCCCUUCAAAUAGCGGCGACUCUUCAGUGGGAGAAGUUGUGGCUGUGAGGAAUGCCCUUAACAAAUCCCUGUCAUGGCCCCUGGGAUUAUCUACUCACCUGCGUUCACCUGGUGCCUGCUUUUCAUCACUCUCUGCUGUCCCUGUUGUAUGUCCCAGCCCCAAAAAGACACCACUGAAGGCCCUGAGCCACUGCCCACAGUCACUGGUGCUGCACCGACCUCUGAAUAUUCAUACCCUGAUUACAGGGGUAAAGGCUGCAUGGAUGAGAAUGGUUUUGUGUAUGAAAUUGGAGAGGAGUUCACACCGGGUCCUGCUGCCUGCCCGUGUGUCUGCACUGAAGAUGGCCCAGUGUGUGUCAAACCUGAGUGCCCUAGUUUGCAUCCUCGUUGUAUUCGAGUGGACACCAGCCGUUGUUGCCCUGAAUGCAAGGAAAUGAAAAAUUACUGUGAAUUUCGGGAAAAAAAAUAUAAACAGUUGGAGGAAUUUGUGGUUUCACCAUGUGAGAAGUGCCGCUGUGAGCCCAAUGGAGAAGUGCACUGUUCUGUAGCAGAAUGUGCUGAGGUUGAAUGUGUGGAUCCAGUCUAUGAACCUGAUCAGUGCUGCCCUAUCUGCAAAGAUGGACCCAAUUGUUUUGCGGGAGUCACUAUUAUCCCAGCUGGACGAGAGGUGAAGAUCGAUGAAUGCACAACUUGCCAUUGCUCCUAUGAAGAUGGCACUUGGAGAGUUGACCACCAGGCAACUUGCAUUAAGAAUGAUUGCAAGGAAAUCUAGACAAAAGAUUAUGUGAAAAAAAAAAUUUUUUGCUAUAUUGAACAUAAAAUGGGACUGAAAGAAAGCUGUUUUUGUACAUUCUGUAUU